ACAGUCGCUUACCUGCUAGUGUGGAACAUAACCUAUAUCAAUCGUUUAUUAAAUUUCCUUGAAAAUAUCUCCCUCCCCUUAUUAAAUACUUUGAGAUUUAAAAAUAUGUAGAUUAAAAAAAUAUAUAUUAAGUUGGAAACACUAUAAAUAAUUUUAAAAAAUCUUAGACCCCUUUGUGCAAUAGAAAUUUUGACCGAGAACAAUGGGAAAGACCUCGAAAGACAAGCGCGAUAUAUAUUAUCGAAAGGCGAAGGAAGAAGGAUGGCGAGCUCGGAGUGCUUUCAAGCUGCUCCAAAUUGAUUCGGAGUGUCAUAUUUUUGAUGGAGUAUCUAAAGCGGUGGACCUAUGCGCUGCACCUGGAAGCUGGAGUCAGGUCUUAGCUCGCAAGUUAAACGAGAAUUAUAAGGAGGCCUUAAAGAAAGGUUCUGCGUCUCCACCGAAAAUUGUGGCGGUUGACUUGCAAGCAAUGGCACCCUUGGAAGGAGUUAUCCAGUUGCAGGGUGACAUUACUAACACCAACACGGCCGAACAGAUUAUUGCACAUUUCAAUAAUACUCUUGCGGACUUGGUGGUGUGCGAUGGAGCACCUGAUGUUACCGGUCUGCAUGAUAUGGAUAUAUUCAUCCAGUCGCAGCUGCUACUGGCCGCUUUGAAUAUAGCUACGCAUAUCUUGAGACCAGGUGGAACAUUCGUCGCAAAGAUCUUUCGCGCCAAAGAUGUGACGUUUUUGUACGCUCAACUGAGAUUAUUCUUUUCUUAUGUCUACUGCACGAAGCCAAGUAGUUCCCGUAACUCGAGCAUUGAGGCGUUUGUGGUCUGCAAGUAUUAUAGUCCGCCCGAAGGCUACACGCCGAACAUGCUGAAUCCUUGGUUGACAGACGAACCGUGCAACUUCGAGGAACUAACGGGAGUGAAUAGGGUCAUCGUCCCCUUCGUCGUGUGCGGUGAUCUCAGUCAGCCCGAUUCCGAUAUGUGUUACCCGUUGAACUACAAAGAUAAAGAUUACAAAUAUCUCCAACCGGUGCAACCUCCCAUAACACCGCCCUACGAGGAAGCGUUGUUAAUGAGCAAGAAAAGGGCUGAGAAAAACGCUUCCUGUUGCAACGUCAAAGACUUUACCGAGAAGGACAUCGACGACGCACUUGGAUGCGAAAACAUGUCGUCAUUAUCCGAAAUCAAAUUAAAGUGUAAUUUAAAAAGUCAGAAGCUCAACGAACAUAUGGUUGACCAAAGUUAUCAUGAUAACGAGGAAGAAACAAUCCUUGAUGAUUUAAAAAACUUAUAUCAGGAAAUUUCUAUUUCCGAUUGUAGCAGCGAAAGCAAUGUAGAUAUGACAAAGGUAUGAGAGGAUAAACCACUGUUGAAAAAAAAGCGUCCGUCGUUUCUACAGAUAAUGACUCAUAAUGAGUCAAAUGCAGCGACAAAAUCCACAAGAGAUGAGAAUAAUGAAGAAAAAACAGACAUCAAUGUAUUACGCAAUAUGAAUUUACUUGUACCUGAGGAAGAAGAAAAUACAGAUGAAUUAAAAAAAACUUUUUUUAUUUUUAUGUUUCUUAAAAAAAGCAUUGGUCGUUUUUAUAGAUAAUAACUCUUUUAAUAAAUUAAAUACAGCAACAAAACAAGAGAUGAGAAUAACGAAAAGGAAACAGACAUCGAUGCAUUACGUAACUUAAAUUAACUUGUAGCUGAGGGAGAAGAAAAUACAGAUAAUUAUUGAAUA